CUCGAGUUUUCGGGCGGAUGGCCGCGGCGGAAGAUGGGGACGCCGGCCCCGCGCCAGCGGCGGCCGCGGCCAGCGCCGGAGGCGGCAGCGCAGCCUCCGCGCACAGCGCGGCGGAAGCGUGGAAGUCGCGCGUGCGCCACCGCGUGUGGGACGCUCUGGAGGCCGCCGACGCCGUGCUGUUCCCGCGGCCGUGCCACGGGCGCAUCCCCCACUGCGCCGGCUCCGCGGCCGCGUGCGGCCGGCUCCUGGCGUCGCCCUGGCUGCGGGAGGCUCGGGUCGUGAAGGUCCACCCCUCGAUCGGGGCCGCGGCGCUGCGCUCGGCGCUGGUGAUGGCCGGCAGGACCGUGCUGGUGCCGCCGUACCCGGGGGCGGACUACCUGUACCUGAAGCUGCACAGGGACCUGGCACCAAGCAGCUGCAGCCUGGUGCACGCGGGGGACAAGCGCGAGUACCUGCGGUGGGGGGCCCCCCUAGGCCUCGCGGAGUUGCCCCCCGUCGACGCCGUGGUCGUGGCCGCGUGCGCGGUGGCCCCGAACGGCGUCAGGCUGGGCAAGGGCAAGGGCUACGGAGAGGUCGAGUGGGGCAUCCUGAGCGAGCUAGGCCUCGUCGACCCAGCCACCACGCCUGUGCUGACGCUGUGCCACGACCUGCAGCUCGUGGCCAGCGAGGACCUCCCGUGCAGCGUCAUGGCCGACCACGACCUCCCCGUCGACGCCGUGGCGACCCCGUCGCGGCUGCUGCGCUGCGCCAGUGCGCCAGCCAACCGUCUGGGGUGCGCUGGGAGCUGGUCGUUGCGGGCUCUUCUCUCACCACUGCCACUAUGCACCAUGGGCGGCUGACCUAUGGUAGUGCUUUGCUGGGCGCAGCCGGCGCCUCGCAUAGGAGAGCACUACAGUGGCUCAACCGCCCCUGGUCUACAGUCAAGACUGAUCGUAAGGAUGCACGAUGAGGAUGCAAGGACCUCGGAAGGCCACGCCGACACCUAUCGAGCGGGGCACGACCAACGAAAGUGGUCGGGCCCGAGCUGGAGCACGAGAUCGGGGCCCUGCGGGAGCUGCGGGCCCUCGGCGGCGAGGGCGUUGCGGCCCUGCGGGCGCGCGCCGCGGCUGCGCGGGAGGGCGGCCAGGGCCCCCCCGCGCUGUGCGACGCCGAGUUGGGAGGCCUUGUCGGCGCAGUGCGUCGCGCACUUCGCGGGGGAGGA